AUGAACUGCUUGAGAUUACUGGAAGCGUUGGAUGUGGUCGGUUGCGCCGGUAUUUGUAUAAGUACCGAAAACUCGCAACUGUUGCAGAAUUCACUGCUCAUUUUGCAGACGGAGAAUCAUUUUCGCAAGUGUUACUACUGGGGUAGAAUUGAUGGGAUUCAAAACGACUACCAUAUUGCGUACGGCUAUGAGAAAGAUUGCAUGAGCGGUCAAGUGUAUUAUUACAGUAUAGACUGUAUGAAUUGGUUGUUACUGCCGAAGGCAACAAAAUGCGGGCGAUUCUUGAGCCCAUUGGCGAUCAACAGAUUCGAAGGUGAGCCGUCGAUCGUCACGAACGUUUACAACGUCAACCCGCCCUUUCCGCCAAAUGAAGACCCCAAGACUUAUUACGAUGGACCAAUACCUCGGGAGCUGAAGGAGGAGGAUCGUCUCGCGGCCACCGUGGAAUUCAUCACGGAAGACGCAGCAGUGAUUCCCCGCGGAGCCUGGUUCAAAUGCCCGAACGGAGACGUGAUCGAGAAUCCGUGUUUCGAAGGCCUGGGCGCCUCGGACGCCUCCUGCUUGAAGUCCUACUUGCACGCUCGCUUUCCGAAGGAGAAGUGGAACACCAACUUGCUAUCCCGACCCGACUACAAUUACGCGUUGGACUUUUUAGACAGCGUGGAUAUGGACGUGCCUCAAGGGUGCUGGGACUUGCAAUUUUUGCUGGGUGGCCGUCUGGCCAUUUUGCACAGCUUGUAUUGGCAUGGAAUGACGUUUUUUCAUAAGUUGGAUUCUCCGCAUUACGGUUUCUUGUACGUGGGACAGGGAAAGAAGAACCUAGAUUUACCCUUUAUGCUGUAACGCAAAUUACGGAAACAAUUCUCAAGGUCUGAAAGCGAUAUCGUUUGA